CCCAGUCAGCCCUGACAUUGCUAAAGCCAAAACUCAAUCUCAGUCCCGAGUCCGACUCGCCUAACUCAACUCAGUACACUACCUCCGUCAUGAACUCGAAGCUCAUUUAUACGGCGACGAUACUUGUCGCCUUGAAUUUCCUCAUCUCGCCGGCGGUAUAUAACCUCCACGCGCCGCCGUCCAUCCCUGGGUCCCACGACGACCUCCACUCCGCGAAAAUCGUCGGAGUCACGGGUGCUCUCGGACCGGAGAGCAUCGCUUUCGAUUCCGACGGCCGUGGGCCCUACGCCGGCGUCGCCGACGGCAGAAUCCUCCGGUGGGAAGGCGAUGGCCGUGGCUGGUCGGAGUUCGCGGUCACCACUUCUCAAAGGAAGGAAUGCAUUCGCCCUUUUGCACCGGAAAUGGAGCAUGUAUGUGGGAGGCCUUUAGGGCUGAGGUUUCAUAAGAAAACUGGAGAGCUGUACAUUGCGGAUGCUUAUCUUGGGCUUAAAGUGGUUGGUCCUGAUGGGGGUUUGGCAACUGAUUUGGUUUCAGAAGUUGAAGGGCAGCCUCUGCGUUUCACCAACGAUAUGGACAUUGAUGAAGAUAAGGAUGUCAUUUACUUCACCGAUACAAGUAUGAGCUUCCAAAGAAGGCAAUUCAUGUCGUCAAUCUUGAGUGGAGACAAGACAGGCAGAUUACUAAAAUACAACAUAUCAAACAAAGAAGUGACAAUCCUACUAGAAGGCCUUGCUUUUGCAAAUGGAGUAGCUUUGAGUAAAGACCGCUCUUUCGUGCUAGUUGCUGAAACAACAACUUGCAGGAUUCUCAGGCUCUGGCUCCAUGGUCCAAAUGUUGGAAAAGUUGAUGUUUUUGCCGAGCUUCCAGGAUUCCCGGACAAUGUACGAAGGAACCCGAAAGGGGAGUUUUGGGUUGCCUUACAUUCCAAAAAGGGACCUCUCUCGCACUUCGCUGUCUCAAACACUUGGGUUGGAAAAACAUUGUUAAAGCUUCCCUUUAGCUUCAAGCAAUUGCACUCUCUUUUAGUAGGAGGAAAGGCUCACGCAACCGCUAUAAAAUUAAGCGAGGAUGGGGCAGUUUUGGAAGUUUUGGAAGAUUGCGAGGGAAAGAAUUUGAAGUUCAUUAGUGAAGUGGAAGAGAAAGAUGGGAAGCUCUGGAUUGGGUCAGUGCUGAUGCCGUUUAUAGGCAUUUAUAACUUGCAAUAGGAAUUAGGAAAACAAUUAGUAUUAGAGUAAUGGGAGUUUAAUUUUCUAGUUUUUUUACUUGUUUUAGACCAUCGUUUGAAAUGACGUUUAGUUUCCA